CAAAUUUCAGUCUGGUGGCUGAGGUGCCUGUGACCUGAUUUGGGGAUGGUCUAAAACUUUACUGCACGAAGCUGCGCAGGAGAGUAGAAAGCACAUGCAGCCUGCAGAGCUUUUUGCAAACACCACAAGCUUGAUGAAGAGCUUUUGGAUUGCUGGUCUGUCGCUGAGAAGAGUUUCAGCAUGUACACUGAGCACGGAAACCUGACCUGGAUACUGAGCCUCCUGCUUCUGUCUGGUGUUCUCAGCAAUGAGUGGAAAGUGGAAUAUCAACCAAGUGUCUGUGCAGUGAAAGGCUCAUCUGUCGUCAUUCCAUGUUUAUUUUACUAUCCCAAAAAAGAGAACGUAAAAGAGGUCAAGUGGAGUCAUGAGAGCAAAGAUAUUUACAAGGGGCCUUUCAUCUUUGAUAGUGCUUCAAAGAAUCAAUCUUCAAGAUUUCAGUAUAUUGGGGACAAACUUCAAAAUUGUUCUUUAAAAAUAAACCUAGUAGAGCACAAUAUUGCAGGUAAAUAUAUAUUCAGGUUCAUAACCAAAUCCCUAACUGGCAAAUGGGCCGGCACAGAGGGCUCGACAUUAAAGGUUGUUGAUCUGAAAACGUCGGUGACAAACACGAGCGGACACGGAGCAACAAAGGAAGGUGACUCUGUGAAUGUGACCUGUAGAAAUAGCUGUGAUGGCGGUGACGUCUCAUCUGCUUUCAUCUGGCUUAAGAACGGAGUGUCCAUCCAUGAAGGACCUUCACUUUACUGGAGAGACAUUUCCCCCUCAAACUCUGGAAAUUACACUUGUUCCCUCGAAGCUCACAGGGGGACGACAUCAGGGGUCGUACAUAUUAACGUUGAAUACGGCCCUAAGAACACAUCGGUGUCAGUCCGACCAUCGACGGAGGUGGAUGUAGGCAGCAACGUUAUUCUCACCUGCAGCAGCCGUGCAAACCCCCCGGUGGAGAAUUACUCUUGGUUUAAAGUUGAUGAGGAUGAUGUUAUAAUUGUUGAAAACAAGUCUGAGCUGCACUUUAGGGAAUUUUCUCUUGCCGCUGGUGGCCGGUACUUAUGCAGCGCCACCAACAAACACGGAAGUCAAAACUCUACAAUGGUGACUUUAAAAGUUAAAGCACAUUUUCCAUAUAUACGCAUUAUUGCCAGUGCUGCUGCUGCCCUUCUGAUCGUUGCUGCCGUUGUGAUCGCUGUCAGAAGAUUCAAUGAAAAAAGGGCAAGGGAACCAGAGGCUGAUCAUGUGGGGGACCAGCAGGUGGCACUAUCCAUAUAUUGACUUUUUAAAGUUUAUUAUGGUUCUAUUCUGUUUGAUUUAGAGCUGAGUGACAUACACCCAUCAAGAUCUUUAUUAGGAACACCAUGUUAAUACAGAGUAGGGUCUCUCUUCCCUGCUCCAUGUUGACAGAAAUGCAUCAUGUCAGCUGCACAUUCGUGCUGAUGUACCAUUGUACGAAAUCCCGGAGGUAUUUGUGCUUUAAUCGGAUUCAGAAAGUGCAGCAAGGAAACAUCUCCAACACCAGCAGCCUGGAUUGUUGACUAUAUUGUGCUAUUGACAGCAAAUUCUGACCCGACCACCUGCAGCCUCUGUAGAAACCCAGAUUCAUUGCACAAAUACGCUUUUUCCAGUCUUGAGCUGCUCAGUGUUGUUAAACUUGCGUCCAAAGCACAGGUUCCUGUUUAUGACUGACAGGAGAGGAACCUGAUGUGGUCGUCUGCUGCUGUUUCCAUGCGCCUUGCUGUUCGACAUGUGGUUCAUUCUCAGAUGCUUUUUUUUUAUCUGUGUUACCGUUGCCUUUGUGCCAGCUCCAACCAAAAUUACCAUACUCCUCUGACCUUUCUCAUCAACAGUGUGUUUCUAUCGAUAGAAUGGUUUUUGGGGUUUUUGUCCACACUGUUUGUAAAUUGAGAGAUCAACACUUUCAGAAACACGUAACCAACAAUCUGGUGCCAACAAUCACGGCAAAUGUGAACAAUAACUGAAGCUGCUGAUCUCUAACUGCAUUAUUCCAUGCACUGCACUGGUGCCACAUGAAUGGCUGUUUGAAUAAUUGUACGAGGUGUUCCUGAUAAAGUGCUCGGUGAGCGUUUAUACUGAACCCUGCACAUUAAGGGUGUCGGAGGAGUUGCACUGAGGUUGUUCUGUGUAUAUGUUAAGCAGGUUGUCAGAAACAGUUAAACCCAGAGAGACCGCAGAGGUUGGUUCUGUCGUGUGGGUGUGGAUGUGGCUGAAGCUCAGAAAUGUAAAAGCGGUUUUUCGAAUCCAUGAGAAGAACACUGUUCCACAUUAAUCACGCCAUGUGUUAUAUAUGAUUGUAUCUAGAACACAGUCUACCUCAACUGGCCCAUACCUGACAACAGCAAUGAGGGAAAUCCACAUAUUCACUUGAUGUCCAUUCUCAGCUCUGCCUCUGCCAAAGAUAUGUUUAUUUUAAUAAAGAUGUUUUUAUUUCUGUCC